UGCAGUCAGUGGGAGUGAGGGUGAGUCUGGCUGCAGUUGAGGCUCCUGGCUGGCUGGAGGAUUUUGUAUUUGUUUCUGGAAGACAAGCUGAAGGGGAGCCUUGCCGAGGCAGAGGAGAAGGGGGCAGCCUGCUUCCAGCGACUGAGAGAAGAGGGGCAAAUCUGGCCAAGAUCAAGGAGGGAAGCAGCAUGUCCCGUCUGUCGUUAACCCGCUCUCCGGUCUCUCCUCUGGCUUCCCAAGGAAUACCACUCCCAGCACAGCUCACGAAGUCUAACGCACCUGUGCAUAUUGAUGUAGGAGGGCACAUGUACACAAGCAGCCUGGCAACUCUAACUAAAUACCCAGACUCCAGGAUAAGCCGGCUGUUUAACGGCACUGAACCCAUUGUUUUGGACAGUCUUAAACAGCAUUACUUUAUUGACCGAGACGGUGAAAUUUUCCGAUACAUAUUAAGUUUUCUACGAACGUGUAAACUACUUCUCCCUGAAGACUUUAAGGAGUUUAACCUUCUAUAUGAGGAAGCAAAAUAUUACCAGCUCCAUCCCAUGGUCAAAGAACUGGAGAGAUGGAAACAGGACAAAGAACAUCGAAAGCACUUCCAGCCAUGCGACUGUCUGGUUGUGAGAGUGACCCCUGACCUUGGAGAAAGGAUUGCGUUGAGCGGAGAGAAGGCAUUAAUAGAGGAGAUCUUCCCAGAAACCGGAGACGUUAUGUGUAACUCGGUGAACGCCGGCUGGAACCAAGACCCAACCCACGUCAUUAGGUUUCCUUUAAAUGGUUACUGCAGGUUAAAUUCUGUCCAGGUCUUGGAGAGAUUAUUUCAGAAGGGAUUUCACGUGGCAGCUUCAUGUGGGGGUGGCGUUGACUCCUCUCAGUUUAGCGAAUACGUACUCUGCAGAGAGGACAGGAGAAUGCAGCCCAACACAAUACGGAUAAAACAGGAACCUCUGGACUGACGCACCAGGAGUUAACUUUGGAAUCACAGAAGUGUUCAAAAAUCCUCUACGGGAAACCCUGAGGAUCUGCAAAACAGUAUUAACAGACUAUGUUUGACUUGUCGUUGCCAGUUUGUGAUAUCUUGAAAGUACUUAUAACGUCACGAUACAAAAGGCCCGGUCUCACUAUGAAAGCAUAGAACUAUUCUGCCCGGGCCUCGCUACAGCUGUGCUGUGGGGAAAAUACAUUCACAUUCUAAAUGGUUCAAACCCACCAAUAGCAUCGAAUAACUGAGCAUAUUAAGAGAAUUUACAGUAUUCUGAUGUGGACGAUACAGAAACACACUUUUUUUUUCUGGAGCUAUAACGAUCACAGACUUUUUAUCCAAGUCCUAAAAUGUUAGUGACAAAGCUACACGUCACUCAGAGACUUGUUAAAGACCAAUGGACGCAUACCAAUGAGGUAUCAAGUUAAAGAACAAACAUGUUUAUUUUUAAAUGGAUGGAAACCUGAAAAGUAAAUGGACAGGCACUUACCCUAAAAUAUUCUGAACUAUAACAUAUUAUAACUUAAACUAUCUCUUUCAAAAAAAUGUUCCCAGUGUCACAGAGGACAAUGAGUUGAUAGCAAAUUCUGCUGAAUUCUUUUUAUUACAAAACUAUUGCCUCGAUCCCAACGUUUUUCUUACCCUGCAUGUUCUGACACAAGUUUAAAAAAAAGAAAAUCCGUGUAGAAAUAUUAAAA